AUGUUUCGUCGACGUGCUUCUCAUGCCGCUAACGAUUUCUUUCGCUCAAUAUUCGGACGAUUCCGAAAAAACGCCAGUAGACGUUCUUUUUCUACUGGUGAUCUGGCUGACAACUACGUAGAAAUGGAUUUCACUCAGCCAACUACUAGCUCGUUACCUGCGCACUUUGACGACUGCGAUCUAGUUCCAAUGAACUUCAUUCCGUCCAGUUCCCCUCGCUUACUACCUCAAUAUGAUCGUAGGGCACAACGGUUGCUUCGGUACGGUAGUGAAAUGGAUUACAGUAUGGUCUCGGUAGCUGACUACAAUCGUGCCCAAAUAUGGUUCCAUCACGGUCUGAAUUCAGUGAGAGCCGAACGAUUACUACGUGGUGCUGGAUGUGAGGAAGGAUCGUUCGUGAUCUCUGAACAGUCAGGAAGAUACGUUCUCUCUUUCGUUUAUUCCGCCUCAAUACACCAUAUGCGAAUUGGAUACUCAGUUAAAAAUGGUGAAGCUAAAUUCUGUUUGGAUAUCGAUCGCAGUUUUAGCAAUCUUCACAACCUCGUCGAAUACUAUACAAAACACAAGUCGUUCGUGCUGCCAACGAAGCUGAAACGCGGAGUUCCUCGACCGCUUCGCGUUACGCAUGCACGGACCCGAGCCUAG